AUGGCGCAGAAAACACAACCUGCCAGCAGUUCUGAGGACCAAUCUCCCAGUGCCACUCCAUCUGCACAAGACGCCUCGGAUUCCACGCAACCUGCCGUUUCGGGCGCGUCAACCUCCAAGGCAGCCUCUGCCGCCCAGAAAUUGCAUCAGACAGAGCUCGACGCGGCACUGCGCAAUACCUCGCAAUCCAUGGCUAAGUCGUCCCCCACGGGUUCAGACCCAGCCGCAAAGGAUGCUGGCAUUGAGGCCGCAAACCCCUACGGGACGCGGUCACGAAACCGCAAUGGAUCUUCGCGCCCAAACUACGCAGAGGACAAGGACCUGGAUGUGGACAUGUACGACUACGCCCCAGAGAAGAAAGAUCAGGAGUCUAAGAAAUCGGCGCGUCACAGCAAUGUGUCGGCGACGUCCGCCCAGGAGGGCGCGCGCGCCAACGGGUCAACCCGUAAAGCUCUCCCCUCUGACGACACAAAGCCAACCACUCCUCAGAACGGAGCAAAGGACGUGCAGCCAUCAAACCCACCCGCAACACCGCAAACACCGGCUACGACAACCUCCACGCAACCCUCAAAAAAGCGCAAGGCAGCUUCACACGCUGCGACUGCGACUUCUCAGGCCCAUGCUUCUGCAGCGACACCAUCCGGCACAGGCACAGGGGCAUCACGAAAGACGGCGUCGGGCCCCUACGCUAGCUCAUACGCAGAGACCAACAUGCUCAGUUUUGGGAAUUCUCGUGCGGUUCCUCGAGAUGGGAAGUUAGUGGCAGAUGACGGUACCGUACUAGCACCCAAUGGGGAGCCAUACUAUCUAGGCCGCAUCAUGGAGUUUCUCCACAUGCAGAAUGACCAGACCAAACCGGUGGAUGCACUUCGCAUCAAUUGGUUCUACAGGCCCAAGGACAUUGGCAAAAAGGUCAAUGACACGCGCCUGGUGUUUGCGACAAUGCACUCCGAUAUUAGCCCUCUCACAGCUUUGCGUGGCAAGUGCCAGAUCCUGCACAAAGCGGAAAUUCCCAACAUGGACGAGUACCGAAAGAUUUCGGAUUGCUUCUGGUAUGAGAAACUCUACGACCGAUACAUCCAGAAAAAUUACGACCUUAUUCCCACAUCGACAAUCGUGAACGUGCCCGAGAGGGUUAAGAAAGUGCUUGAUGAGCGCUGGAAAUUCGUUAUUGUGGAGCAGGGACGCGGAAAAGAGUUCACCAGCGCAGUGAAGCUCUGUAAGCGAUGCAGCGGCUACUGUGCAAGUAAUGACUCAGUUGACUGUGCUGUGUGUAAGAAAACAUACCACAUGAACUGCGUCCGGCCGCCGCUGCUGAAAAAGCCUUCCAGAGGCUUCGCCUGGUCCUGCGCUGCCUGCAGCCGCGCUCAGGAACGUAAACUGGAGGCCCGACACACUCCCAACCUUCUGGAUCCCGUUGGCGACGGCGAUGAUGAGGAUCUCUACGAUGACGACGAGGACGAGAUGCAGAUUGACACCGAGCGAACGAGCCCCGCCGACGACGACGACUCCCAUCGCACCGGCACUGCGGAGCAAAUCUACCAAGCCAGCCUCUGGCCUUGGCGGUACCUCGGAAUACACUGUAAGCCCGAGGAUGCUCUUGAUUAUGACGAUCGGAUUUACCCUCGUGCCAGUACUCGAAUUGGUCCCAAACAUCAAGCCCCUGUGCUUCCAUGGCCCGGCCAGCCCGUGCAGUACCAGAAGCCUCUUGAAAUCAAGAGAACGGGAAAGAAGGGCCCAGGUUUGUCGAAGGAGGCGCUGGCGGCUUUGGAGGCCGAAAAAUCCCGUCGCGAGAACCGUCCCAAGUGGGUGCAGGACGAGCCUCCAGGUUAUGUGGCAAGAGGCGAAGAUUACGACAGUGACGAUCCGAAUGCGACGGCCACCCGUCUAUGGGCCCCGCCUCCAUUGUCGGACAGAAACAAAGACUGGGAGGCCAAAGUCGAUCAGUAUAUGAAGAAGGCAGAAGAACUGGCGCCCAAGUUCGGUCUGCCCAAAAACUCGACUAACCUUCACGACGUCGCCCUGGAGACGUAUUUUCACAGUGGCUACAACGAAGAACGCGCGGUCAAACUGUUUUCGGAAGUGGAUAAAGCAGCUUUCAAAGAGCCCGAUCUGACAGCAACGGAACAGAAGAAAUUCGAAGAAGGUGUCGGCAAGUAUGGGUCCGAGCUUUAUCUGGUCAAACGACACGUCAAGACAGUCCCGCCCGGGACAAUUGUGCGAUACUACUAUACCUGGAAGAAGACUGCGCAAGGCAAGCAGAUAUGGGGUAACUUUCAGAAUAGGAAGAGUAAAAAGGAGGCCAAAAAGGCAGAGGUCGCGGCGAGCAAGCUCCAAGACGACAUCGCCGACGAUGCCGACGACUCUGCGUUUGAUUGCGGCAAAGCGCACAACAAGAAGAAGGGCUUCGUGUGCAAGUUCUGUCACACAAAAUACUCAAGACAGUGGAGGCGAGCACCCAACGCAUCAGGCACUCCCGUGAGCGAGAGUGGCGGCAAAAACUCGACUAAGGAUAAGAACAACCAGUAUAUCCAAGCUCUCUGCCGUAGAUGCGCCGAGCUUUGGCGGCGAUAUGCUAUUCAGUGGGAAGAUGUCGACGAGGUGGCCAAAAAGAUCGCCCAGGCAGGAGGCCGGGCCUGGAAGAAGCGGCAGGACGAGGAGCUACUCAAGGAACUCGAGGCCGCCAAGGAAAUGCACACGUACUGGAACACGCCUCCGCCGGUCAGUGCUCCGGAGCCGGUCACUGCAGCCCCUAUACCCCCGAGCGAACCACCCCGCAAGAAGCUGAAGGGAUCCGCUCCGGACAGAGACUCGGAACCGUUGGCGUCGGAUUCUGCUCCUGUUGCCGCCCCCGUCAAAAGGAAGGAGAAAGCAGCUGAGAAGCCAGCCCCCCCACCGGUUCCCGAGAUUCCGAAACCCAAGACUAUGCCGUGCGCAAUUUGCGAUCAGUUGGAACCACUGGGAGACCAGCAUCUCUCUUGCAGAGAGUGCCGGUUGACAGUGCACCGCAACUGCUACGGAGUUGUCGACAACAGAAACCCUGGCAAAUGGACUUGUGAUAUGUGCGCCAACGACAAGAGCCCGCAAGUUUCAAUCCAAUACAAAUGUGUCUUGUGCCCUGUGGAGAACACAGAACAUGAUUUUGUCGAGCAGCCCAAAAUUUCUGCUUCCAAGAAGAAGUCAGAAAAGGAGAAGGAACGCGAAAGACUCGAGCGUGAACAAGCGCAGAAGGCCGCCGACUAUUACAGGAAGAAGCAGGAGGAGAACAACCGGCCAGUAAACCCUCGGGAACCUCUGAAACGCACUGCAGACAACAACUGGGUUCAUGUCACUUGUGCCGUUUGGACAGCGGAAGUCAAGUUUGGCAACGCCAAGGCACUGAGUCCGUCCGAGGGCAUCCCAUCCAUCCCUCGGACGAGGUAUGAUGAGGUUUGCAAGGCCUGUGGCUUCAAAGGUGGCGCCUGCGUUGCCUGUCAUCAUUGUCGCAAUCCUGUCCAUGUUGAAUGCGCCCGUCAGCAAGGCUACGUCCUCGGCUUUGAUAUCACACCAGUCAAGGGAUCUCGUCGUGACCAAUUUAACCUGGUUACCAUCAAUGGCGAGAGCGGCGUCAUGGCAGCCACUGUCUGGUGCAAAGACCACGUUCCGACAAAGAGCGUCAUUCACCGCAUUCACGACAUUGUGAACGAUGAUGGCCUCAAUGCUCUCCAGCUCUAUGUGCAGAGCUACAAGCAGGCAGAUCUCACGUUGACUGGUACAGUCCGAAAGGCUAAUCUCAUGGCAAAUGCUGCUGCCAAGCUGGGCGGCGUGCCUGUGACAUCAGGUCCUCGGCGAGCUUCAACUACAACCCUACCUACCAACGGUGUUGCUCAUAGCGGGAACAACAACAACAACAACAACAACAACAACAACAACACCACCACCAACAACAGCAGCAGCAGCAACACCAACAACGACGAAACAUCAAGUGAUCACCAAGCAGGAGAAAAGAUCUGCAUCACCUGCGGCAUCGACGUUAGUCUCAAGUGGUGGCCCAUCGAAAACUCUGACGAGCGGGAACUCACCAACGGCCACUACGGCAGCCUCGGAUCAGAGGCUCAAAAGUUUGUGGAGCAGAGGAAGUUCCAGUGUCACAAGUGCCGCAAGCUCAAGCGAAAGCCCAAUCCCCACCCGCCCAAGGAUCCAUCGCCAGUAAUCGAAGCCGUGAGACUAGUGCCUCCUCCGCUACCGGUCGUUCCGCCGCACCACGCACUGGCGGCGCCUCCUCCGGGUCCUCCGCCCCUGAGAAGCCCGCCAACGACCGGCCCGGAAGCAAGGGCGCGCAGUCUCUCAUCAUAUGCUUGGGUAGCCCCGGCCCCGCCUCCGCCUCCGCCUGCCUCGCAGCCCACGGCAGCUCCUCCGCCGGCAGUUCCUACUGCACCACCCGUACAGGCCGCCCCUGCGCCCCCCCCGAUUCCGCCACCGGCACCCCAUCAGGCCCCCAGUCCUUAUGGCCCUCCCCCGGCGCCAAGAUAUGGAGACUGGCACAGCCGUCCGCCUGCACGGCACGGCUCCCCGCCCCAGAGACCGCCGCCAUUCCAGCCGCUGUCGACGCUGCGCCCUCCGCCAAUGGCCGUGCCCGCACACACCCCAAUGCCUGCAGCCGUUCCCAACGGGCAUAUGGGGCAGCCUGCACACAACGGAAUGCCGCCUUCGUCCCUUGUGCCCGGGCCCGGGUCCAUGUCCCACGGGUCUCACGGUACACAUGGUACACACGGUCCACACAGUUCCCACGGGUCACACGGUUCUCACGGGUCACACGGUUCGCACGGUUCGCAAUACAUCCACCCUUACCGGCAGAGCUCCCAUGGUCUACCUCUUGGAUUGCCCAAUGGCGGCCCUCCACAAAGAGGCCCCGAUGCAUUCGCGCAAGGACUUCUGCCUCAACGAGCGCCAUACGGUAGCCCUCCUGCUCAUGACGCCGGAGGUCCUCUGAGGACACCCAAUAUGCGUCCGGCUAACGAGCCACCUCGGCCAGCGGGGGCGAGCACCAGUCCGUCUCUGCGUAACCUGCUUUCUUAA